AUGGCCGCGCAGAUGCUCCGCCGGUGGAACAGCUUCUACGGCGCCUUCGACCCCGUGGACGCCGCCAUCGAGGCCGCCGACCCAGACCAAUUUUCCCGCCACGUGUUCCAGCGCGCGAGGGGGGGCCUGCUGGUAGGGCUCUGCAACGCCGCCGACGACGACCAGGCGGAGCGUAUCUGCGGGUUUCUCGACGACCUCAUGGCAGAGUCUCUCGAGACGCUCAGGGUGGUUCCAUCAACGCCGGGGGUGCCCAUCUCCACGGAGUUCGCCGAGUCUGUGCGCGCGCUGCGGGAGCACGACUCGGAGCGCGUCCGCCUCCUCGCGCGGGGCAUCGUCAGCAGGUGGGAGGCCUCCGUCGAGGACGACGUCGCCAAGGUCACACUCACACCAGCCAAGAAGAAGCUGCCGCAGCCCAAGGCGACCGUCGGCAAGCAGCAGGAUGUCUCCGACGCGAAGACGAAGCGGCCUCACAAAAUCUUCGGCGAGCCUUUGGCCAAGAAGACGGCGGAAAUCAUCAAAAAGGCGUCCGAUCCUGCCGCCGGCUUUGUCGACGGUGACCGUGCCCAGCUCUGCUCGGAGGAGAAGAUGGAAGCCGCGAAGCGCAAGCUCCGCCAAGGUUACCAGGAAGCAGCGGACGCCAAACGGCGGCGCAAGACGCAGUUGGUGCAGGCACCCAAGAUGAUGCAGCCGGCGUCUCAGAUGCAGCCGAUCAGGAGGUGCACUAGCUCCAUGGUCAAGAAGACCUUCGCGGUCAGGACGCAGCUUCAGGUGUAG